AGUGUUAAAAGAGUACGGUAGUCGUUGCGAGAUAUCCCGAGCGCGAAACUCAACGCGCCUUUAAGUUUUCAGCUUUUUCUGUUGUUUUUUCUCGUUCGCGUUUGUCUGCAAGAAACGUAUUUUUGAAACUUCGUGUCCUAAAAUGAAUGUAGAUGAAGAUUGCUAUUUUGCGAGCUUAACUCAUGGUCUAAACACCGACUGUCGCCGAGCGAAUGCGAAAAUGAAAGAAACUCUGAAAAACUACAAUUUCUCAGCUUUUCUUGUUGAGCAAAACUGUUUGCGAUGCCCAAAUAAUGACUGUAAUCUCUCGUUUGUCCUGAUUUUACAGAAGACGGAGUUUUUUCGAUUGAAAAGAGAUGUUGUAUUUGAAGUUCGACCAACAAUCGUUGUUCAUCGAUCAUUCAAAGAGCUUGUUUCCGCCGAUCGCAAGAUCAGACAGGAUAUUACCGAGAAAAACACCGUUGGAGUUCAGGCUUCCGUUGAAACGGUAAACAAAUUUGUCGACGCUUGCCCUUCUAUCUGUAAUAUUCAAUCUCAGACUGAUAUCAUGGCCGAAAAGAUGCAUAUCGGAAUUCAAACCGAAGAAGUCAAAUUCGUUAGUGAAAUUUCCGCUCUGGGAAUAACAGAAGUAGAAUGCCAAAAUGUUUUUCCUACUUCUUUUAUCAAGACUGAACCAGUAUCAACAUCUCCAGUUCGAACCAUGGAAGUUCAGCAAGACAACGAUGAUGACGAUGUGAUGUUCAUUGAGAUUCGCCCACGAAUUCAUGAAUUUCCUUCAACGAGAGAAAUAAAGCAGGAAGAGAAUACUACAGAAGACACAGUCCACUUAGAAAAGGUGAUUCCAGAGGAUUCUGUUCGUGACGUAAAAGAUGAACCAAUCAGUGAGCCUGUGGAGCAGGAAACAUCUUCUUCGUCUAUCAGCAAAGAACUUGGUGACUCUGGCAGCUCGAAGUUCUCUGAUGUUGCUGACAAUCAUACUGCAUCCCUUAAUCUUUCAAUGUUAUCUCAACGUUCAACAGUGACUUCAUCAUCAAUUUCCCAGUCUAUUCCAACUCCACGUGGAAGGGAUACCCCAAGUGCCGCGAAGAGAGCCAAAUUUUCCGACGUUGAAAUGUGCCGAAUUUGUUGGGACGUAACAUUCUUCACUACACUUGAAGAAUAUUGCAAUCACGUUCAAGAUCGUCACUGCUCUGUCGCACGCUUCAAAUGCAGCUCUUGCGAGAGAAAAUUUUGGGACAUUCGCUCAGGAACUCAACACUUGAAGGCUCAUAAUGAAGACGGAGCAGGGAAUUCCAUUAGUCAUAUUCUUCCAGAAAUUUCCGAAGAACAUCUCUCCAAAUUUAUCAAUGUUGCGAAUCAGUGUUACCCGGAAACAUUUCGUAAUACUCAAUCUGAAAAGAUUUUGGACAUCAUAAAUGCUCUUCCAUGAAACACGCAAUCAUAUUUUGAACGCCUCCUCACUUUUCAAAUCAAUUUUACAUAAAACUGAACACUUUUUGUAAACUAAUAGUUUUUCCAUUUUUAUUAAAGUAGAUUUCGCC